AUGUUACCACUUCACAGACCAGCGAAUACUAUGAGAACUAGUUUCGAUCAACUUGUUUCGUCAUUGAAUGCAUGUGAUCUGCGUAUUGACACUGUUGAGCAGUUGAGAACGAUUCUUAAGCAGGAAAAGACUGCUUCAUUGCCUUCAUUCAUCAAUCAGUCAUAUGAUUCACUACUAAUCUUGGAACAAUGGGCAUGGCAGUUGCUCAGCGAAGAUUAUCGACCAUGGACUACUGAAUACUCAUAUUUGAAAUUCUUCUAUGACUUAGCCUUGUUCAAUCGAGACAUGAUAUUUAAUAAUGGUGAUAUUGACAUUGAUCGUAAGAUAUCGUUGCUGUUCUGUGUGACUAUCGACCAAAUCGACUCCAUAUUCACACAGAUCGAUCAAAUCAAUGACGAAAACGACGUCCUCAUCAGACUCCUUAAUCUGAGUCUGGAUAAUUAUGCAUAUUUUUUCUAUGACCAACCACAGCAUCAAGUACCAGCAGUAGUUGAUCACAUCGACAAAUACAUCGUUCGUAAAUAUAUUAUGAGCAAAGAGCACAAAUUCUAUUUAGCAAAACUUCACGAGCCAAAGUUGGCCAAGUCAGUAUUCACAAGUAAACUAUUGUUCUAUCUGGUCGGGUGUACUGCAUAUACUCACACUUACAUGAUUAGAAAAUUGCUUUCGUUUCCGUAUACAGCUGAGGAAAUGGUUGCUUUCCUUUGUGAUGAUUAUCUGGAGAUUAUACGUAUUCAUAGCCAUGCAAUAGAGUCGUGGAGUAAAGAAUUCCUUGCGUGUAUAGCACAACUUAUUGGUUUCAUGUCCGGCGGUUUCUGGUGGAAGGGACGGCAGCAAACGCAAAUAAAGAAGGUUCUUCCGACGGAACAGAUUACAUGCAGUCAUGUUGAGGACCUUAUUCGUAUCAUUGCUUAUAAACCAUUCUACAGUCAAACGAAAUCGGCUCGAUCGAAUGAUGAAACCGUUCUAAUCGAUUCAGUGAUAAUGAUUCUAUUAAUUAUAGUUCAAAGCCAGAACAUAAAUUGGUUCUUUCGUUCGAAUCUGUUUGUUAGAGACACCAUUAUCCAUGUGGCUGAACUAGCAUUGAAUGAUGAAGUUUGUCUAUGUGGAUAUUGCAUUCUUGGUGAAACUCUCGCAGACGACCAAUUGAAAGCCAUUAAAAUUGCUGACAAUAUCAGUGAUUAUUUCUUUCGCAUAAUAGAAGAAGCAUGGAAAAGUCUAACUAAAAUAUUUCGGCAAAUUCCACUUCAGCUUCUCUUAGAAGGUUUCCAAAUUUUGUCAAAAAAUGACAGUAUACAACAGAGAACUGCCAGUUCGAACAAACUUUCAUUCUUUAUUCAUAUGUGUGAUCAGUAUCCGAUCGUUUUCGACAUUAUCUGGGCUCUCUCAUUCAACCAUGAUAUUCAACAGCAACUUCGCGAAAAUACACCAUUCAUUCACAAACUCACUCGUUUAUCGAAUCAAGCCACCGACGAACAAAUCAGAAAGGCAGUUGAUGGCAUACUCUGGAACUUACAGAUCCAUCAACAGUCUCAUCCAUCGACGGAUAUCUCAUCUCAAAACACUUUCGACAUCAUGAUCAGCUACUCUCACAAAGACAAGUCUCUCUGCAAACAGAUCUACGACGAACUCACUCGACGAAACUAUCGAGUAUGGAUCGAUUUCGAUCAAAUGCACGGAAACGUGAUGGAUGCCAUGGCAGAAGCCAUCGACCGAUCACGAACCAUCGUCAUUUGUAUGAGCGAAGAUUAUCGAAAGAGUAACUUCUGUCGAGCAGAAGCACACUAUGCAUUCCAGCAACAGCGUCACAUAGUUCCUGUACUGAUGCAGAAGCAGUACAAGCCAGACGGGUGGCUAUUGUUUCUGAUAGGUCAGUUGUUGUAUGUUGAUUUCACAAAACAUGAGUUUGCUCGAGCCAUGGAAAUGUUUUUGAAAGAAUUGCAAUUUACCGAAGUGUAUGAGCCGAGUAUUGCACCUGUACGUCCUAAAGCAAAUGUACAAUCUGAACCUGUUGGAAUCACUGUAGCGCCUUCCGUUCGAAAUAUUUCCGAAUGGACUCAAUCUGAAGCCCUAGGCUGGCUGGCUGAACGUGAACUUGUGCAAAUGGUUCGACUCCUUGCAGGAUGUAACGGUCGAAGUUUAGUGUAUCUUCAUAAUUAUAUGAAGGCAGGUGGAACACGACAAACUCUAUCGUUGCUUCAACAAGAUUCUUUGCGGCUUACAAAUCAAAGUCUGAGCAUCAUCGAACUUUCUCGUUUUCAAGCAGCAAUGGACGAACAAACAGAAAUCAACCAUUAG